CACUAUACCAGAAAAUCCCAAUCUGCAAUUCAGAGAGAGAGAGAGAGAGACAGAGAUGGAGGCGUGUUGGGUAACGUUCACGACAGCAUCAUCAGCACCUUCAAGACCCAGAAGCUUCAUCAACCAUGGAAGUUCCUUCCUUUUUAAACACUUUCAUGCUAACCACCACCAAUUGGUUCCAACAUCAACCAGUUAUGAUGCUAUUAUUAGUCAGAGUAGUAGUAGUAGAAGAAGAACAAGACCCUUCUCCAUUAAAGCAUCCAACAAGAACUUCUCUACCACUCGACGCACAGUUUCCAGCAAUUGGGAUGUCUCCAACUAUGCUGCACCCGCUUGGCUACCCAGAUUCGAAGACCUCGAUACCACCAAUAUGCUUCUUCGCCAGAGAAUUAUCUUCUUGGGUUCUCAGGUAGACGAUAUUUCAGCAGAUUUCAUCAUAAGUCAACUUUUGUUUCUGGAUGCUGAAGACCCGAAGAAAGACAUUAAAUUGUUCAUAAAUUCACCUGGUGGCUCGGUUACUGCUGGGAUGGGAAUCUAUGAUGCUAUGAAGUUGUGCAAAGCUGAUGUUUCUACCAUUUGCCUGGGGCUUGCUGCUUCUAUGGGAGCAUUUCUCCUUGCUUCUGGUACUAAAGGGAAGAGGUAUUGCAUGCCUAAUGCAAGGGUUAUGAUUCAUCAGCCACUUGGAACUGCCGGGGGAAAAGCAACAGAGAUGAGCAUACGAAUAAGAGAAAUGGUGUACCACAAAGUUAAGCUGAACAAAAUACUAUCAAGAGUUACAGGGAAGCCAGAGCAGCAGAUUGAAAUCGACACUGAUCGUGAUAAUUUCAUGAAUCCUUGGGAGGCAAAAGAAUACGGGUUGAUUGAUGCAGUUAUUGAUGAUGGUAAGCCAGGAUUAAUUGCACCUACAGCAGAUGCAACACCUCCACCCAAAACCAAGGUUUGGGAUCUUUGGAAAAUCGAAGGGAGCCGGAAAGCGAAAAAGAAUUUGCCCUCGGAGGAAAAGAUUUUACAAAAUGGAUACAAAAGCAGUCCAGGAAGUGAUGAGGAGAGAGGCUCGGAGCAAGAAAAGGAAGCACCUGCUCCAGUAUGAGGUAAGGCAUGGAACAGUCAAUGCCUCAAACACAAUGUAAGAUUUAUCACGCGUUGCAAAGAGCUUUGCGGAGUUUGUUUAAUCAGUUGAUACAAAGAAAUGUGAAUUUCGAAAAUGGUUGGUUGGUCCAUGUUUACACUCAGAGAAUGUGUUCAACACUUGGAUUUGUCUCAAAUAGGGUGUAAUAAUUUUGCAUGAACAUAUGAAGGUUUUAUAUUCCAUGUAUAAUUUUUGCAUAAAUUUGAUGAGUGUUGUGACCAUGCAUAUUCUUCAA